UCCUUCUCCUUCUCUCUCGCUCUCUCUCUUCUCCUUCUCUCUUCUUCUUCUUCUUCCCCCUUUUUUUUUCUCUUUCCGUCAGUUGCAGCGGCAGAUCUGAACCCCACCUCCGAAGGGAGAGCCGGAGAGGACCCAGAAGGAAAAAAAAAGCGCUAGUGAACAUCGGUGUAAAUCCAGCCCAACCGAACAAAUACGCAUUCAUCUGUUAGCCGAUAGCCAUAAAUCUGUUUCUGGUAUCGGAGGCUCAGUACGCAUUUGCAAGUCUAGCCCAAGCGAAGGUAUUCCCCUGCCAGUAUUUGUCCUCACUUCCUUCCUUUUCUCUCUCUCUCUCUCUCUUCCUCUUCCUCUUCCUCUCACUCUCUGCUGCUGGUCCUUUCAUGAAAUACUCAAACUUGUCUAAUACACUCUCUGGAACAGACACCAGAACCCUCACAUUGUUUAUGUUGCUGAUAACAGGCAAUAUAUUUUACUCACCAGAGGACCCAUGUGCAGUGUCUUCCCUUCUCUGAAAUCCAACUCUUCUAACUCUAAUCUAGACCACAGAGAGAUGACCAAACUCGUUGACAGGUUGGGUUUCGGUCGGCGUUCCUCCAACAGAUCCACCAUUGGCCUUAUGUAGUCGUUGAUCAGAGAUGCCUUCGCCUCCUACACCAGCUCACCCCAUUGUUCACUCCAAACGCGUAUAAAAUAUCCACCGAUGUUUCACACCGUUCUUCCAAACGUAGAAGAGUGUAAAAGGUGCAUUCGGCCGGUUUGCCUUUUACACUGACACAUUUGACGGUUCUGGCAGGCGCCCCUGUGACGAAAAAAAGGCGAAGAGAGAAGCGAUAGAACACUAGAACAGAGGCGAGGAUUUGAGAUAGCAAUCAUGCCUCCGAAGUCCAAGAGACAUUCAAAAACUCCAUCUAAGCUCUCAUCAUCUUCAGACCAGUCGGAAAUUUCUCCUCAGACACCACCAUCUUCAUCAUUAACGUCUGUUCCAGAACCAGAAGUUAGCGAAAACGAGCUUUCGCGUGCUCUUGAAGAAGCUUCGAUCAAGUACCCUUCAUUGAUCUCCAAAUCUGCUUUUAUCGGCCGCAUCACUGAUGCUGAGACCAGUGGUCAUACCGCUACAAUUUGGCUUUCCGAGUCUGCCAUGGUUGCUUGUUCUAUCUUCCCUGGUUCCAUUGUUUCGGUAUCACUUGCUGCUUCAAGGAAGAAUUUUUUAAGUGGCUUUCCUCUUGACUCAUUAAUGGACAAAUGUGCUGAUCACAUUGGAGUUGACAUUUCGAGUAAAAAAGGAGAUGAUAUAGGGAAAUACUUUGUUCUUGCAGUGGUCUUACCUUCCUGUAAGGUUUUGAAGAAUGGAGUGCGGUUGUCAUGGAGUCUAUCAUGCACUUUGGGUUGGCCUGCUAUAGGCACAAUUGCUUUUGUUUCCCCCAUUCAAGUUCAAUCCUUAGAUGCACUUUCAAAAGGAACUAAUAAGUUGCUUGAGUCGACUAAUACCACAGUUUCUCAUCUCUCACUCUACAACUGCAAGGAUCUAUAUUUGGAAUUGAUUUCAUCUAUGAAUAGAUUAACAAUGGAGCAUGACAAGCCAUAUAAUUAUCCAUCAGAGAUGAACCACAAUCAACUUGAAAAUGGAAAUAUUUCAUCCCCCAAGACACCAUUGCUCCACCAGCAAAAACUUAAUUCUCCCGUUUCUAGUCGACUGCUUUCAGAAAGAUGCCAAGAAUCUGUGCCAAGUCUAAAUAAUUCAAAGGGAAAGGCUUUUACUUCAUAUGAUAUAACAGUAUCACUUGAUGAUAAAAUGACAAGGGAACUCUGGCAGAGCUGUGCUGUUCGUUGGCUACGUACUCGAAAUUUACUCCCUGGGAAUCUUGUCACCAUCCCAAUACAUGGGGAAAUGUUCAUUUUCCGUGUGGAAGGUACAAAUGAUUUAUUGGAGGAAUGCCCUGACCAUAACUUGUCUGAUGAAGGAAAACAUGAUUUAUUUCGUCAAACCUCAACUUCGGUGGUUGAUGUGAAUGUUGCUUUUGUGGACUGUAAUACGAAAGUACAUUUACGUUCAUCAUUGACAUCAGCAGUUGAAACUCGAGAAAAAAUAAGUUUUCCACAACAAAUAUUUGAAGGCAAUAAAUUCAAAGUUAAUAUGACAAUCAAUCUUCCAAAAUUGGGGGGUUUGUCUAAAGAAUGUGCUAUUUUAAAGGAAAUUAUUCUCUCCUCAUCAGUGAAGGACAUUCUAUCAAGUUUAGGUUUACGCACUACAAAGGGAGUACUUCUUCAUGGACCUCCAGGAACUGGAAAGACAUCUUUGGCCCAUGCAUGUGCUUGUGAUGCUGGUGUAAACCUCUUUUCUGUAAAUGGACCUGAGAUUGUGAGUCAAUACUAUGGAGAAAGUGAGAAAGCAUUGCAUGAAGUCUUUGAUUCAGCUAGCCAAGCUGCUCCUGCUGUGGUAUUUAUUGAUGAAUUGGAUGCUAUUGCACCAGCACGGAAAGAGGGAGGUGAAGAGUUAUCUCAAAGAAUUGUUGCAACACUUUUGAAUUUGAUGGAUGGCAUUAGCAGAACUGAUGGCAUACUUGUAAUUGCUGCAACCAACAGGCCUGAUAGUAUAGAUCCUGCAUUGAGACGUCCUGGAAGACUAGACAGAGAAAUUGAAAUUGGUGUUCCAUCUCCUAAGCAGAGGCUGGAUAUUCUACGUACUAUUCUCAAUGAAAUGGAGCACUCCCUUGUAGAUAUGCAAAUUCAACAUCUAGCCUCAACAACUCAUGGUUUUGUUGGUGCUGAUCUGGCUGCACUCUGCAAUGAGGCAGCAUUGAUUUGUCUCAGGCGUUAUGUUAAGUUCAAGAAAUCUUGUGACUCAUCUGCAGUGUCGGAGAAUGAUGUUCAAUGCAAGGAAACAGGUCUUUUAUUUGGUGAUUGCUCAGAUGCUAAAGUGUUAGGAUCUGAUCCCUCUGGAGCCAUGCAGACCCAAAUUUCCACCAAUAUUGUAGAUUGUUCAUCUUCGCUCUCAGAUAUGACCGUCUUUUCAGAGAUUAACCAAUCUUCUGACUUUAGGUCAACAGUUCAAAAAUGUACAGAUGUCCAGGAAGAAUCUUUGCUUAAAGUGGAUUUUACAGAUUUUGAAAAAGCUAAGAUGAAAGUAAGACCAAGUGCCAUGAGAGAGGUUAUACUUGAAGUUCCAAAGGUUAGAUGGGAUGAUGUUGGGGGUCAGAAUGAGGUUAAAAAACAACUCAUGGAAGCAGUAGAGUGGCCCCAAAAGUAUCAGGAUGCUUUCAAGCGUAUUGGCACUCGCCCACCCACAGGGGUGUUGAUGUUUGGUCCUCCAGGUUGCAGCAAGACCCUUAUGGCCCGAGCAGUAGCUUCUGAAGCAGGACUGAACUUCCUUGCUGUGAAAGGUCCAGAACUUUUCAGUAAAUGGGUUGGUGAAUCUGAGAAGGCUGUAAGGUCUCUGUUUGCCAAAGCCAGGGCCAAUGCUCCAUCAAUUAUAUUUUUUGAUGAAAUAGACAGCCUUGCCAUCAUCCGCGGACAGGAAAGUGAUAGAGUUUCUGUUGCUGAUAGGGUUAUGAGCCAACUCCUUGUUGAGUUGGAUGGCUUGCAUGAAAGAGUUGAUGUUACUGUUAUCGCAGCUACCAAUCGUCCAGACAAAAUUGAUCCAGCCCUCCUAAGACCAGGGCGUUUUGAUCGGCUGUUGUAUGUAGGACCUCCAAAUGAAAUUGACAGGGAAGAUAUAUUCCGCAUACAUAUGCGUAGAAUGCCUUGCAGCUCCGAUAUUAGCAUGAGGGAGCUUGCUCAUCUCACUGAUGGAUGUACUGGGGCAGAUAUAUCAUUAAUCUGUCGCGAAGCAGCCAUUGCAGCCAUUGAUGAAAAUUUGGAUGCCUCAGAAAUAUCAAUGGAACAUUUCAAGACUGGAAUUGCACGAGUACAGCCAUCAGAGGUUCAGUCAUACCAAGAGUUCUCAUUGAAGUUCCAGAGACUUGUCCACAGCAAAUUGCUAGCAGAUGACAUAGGGCACCAACACAAAUCGAGCAUAUCCAAGUGGACUGUAUUACGCAGGAGUAAACUGAAAUCUUUGAUGCUAUUGCCUUUUCAACUUCCAGCUGUUCUUGCAUCAUCAAAAGCUUAAGAGUGGCAGUUUAUUUUCUUUCUUUUUCUUCACUGUGUAUAUCUCCAAGUUCUUUAUUUGCAGUAUCUAGAGAAUUUGUUCUUCAUUCGGUGCAGCAGCAGAUUGUACAUUUAAUCCCCCAAGGGAUUCAAAUCCAAUGGGUGGAUUAGUCACCCAUGAGUUAUAGCAAAAGAUGUUUAUAUUGUUUAACUUAAAAGCAUAGGAACAUAAAGGUUGAUAUUAUGUAAAUAGAAAUUUUGGCUGAUGCAAGUAGACCAUCAUCUUUUAAUUAAGAUGCCAAAACUUCAAAUUUCUGAAUGUUUAUCUA